AUGGGGGUUGAUCAUCUGCCGCCCGGCCAGCACCGCACUCAUGAGGUCCAUCCUCCCAUGAAUGUAGCGCUGGCAGCACCGCUGUUCGUGCUCGUGGGCGCCUUUGCGAUUCUUUUCCUCGGCCGUCUCGCGAUAGCGCUGCACCGCCGGCGACGUCUCCGUGCGAUACUGAAAGAUGGUUACCAGUCGAGGUUCACAGAGCGGAAUGGCUUCAUGGCCUGGAUCAACAAACACGUCCUCUACGCGCCGCUGCUGUCAACCCGGCAUAGUCGCGAGUUCAACCUCGGGGGAAUUCACAUGGGCACCUUGCCGCUGCGGAUAGAGACCGUGCUUCUCACCGGUUACCUUGGGAUAAAUCUAGCAUUCUUCGUUUGCUUGAUCGACUGGUGGGAGGACUACGAGGAACUGAUGUACCAACUCAAGUACGCGGCGGGCCACUUGGCUGUGAUGAAUACGCCGGCGCUGGUGUUGACCGCUGGCCGGAACAAUCCGUUGAUUCCGCUGUUGGGGAUUCAGUUUGAUGCGUUUAAUCUGCUGCAUCGCUGGGUUGGUCGGCUUGCUGUGGUUGGUGCAGUUGUUCAUGUCUCCUGUGUGAUUGCGUCGAAGGCUGCGGAAGUUGGUGUGGAAACGACAACUCAGCUUAUAUUCCAUGUUCCGUUUUUUAUUUACGGACUUGUUGCCUUUCUCGCAUUCCUUCUGAUCGCAGUCCAAUCCACCUCGCCCCUUCGCCAUGCUUUCUACGAAGCUUUCCUCCACUUCCACAUCCUCCUCGCAGUAGCAGCUUUUGUCGGACUCUGGUACCACCUGCGUAAUCUGGCACAGCAAUGGGUGCUUCUUGGAACAAUAAUCUUAUGGGGACUGGAGCGAGCCGCACGCCUAGGAAGCCUCGUCUGGCGCAACUGGGGCAAGCAACGCACAAUCGCCGACGUCGAAGUUCUCCCCGGAAAUGUCGCGCGGGUUAACGUCGCCCUCGCUCGAACCUGGAAGUUCAAGUCCGGCCAAUACAUGUACCUCUACAUCCCGUCCCUGGGGCUGUGGACCUCGCACCCAUUUUCCGUCGCCUGGACGGCAACCGAGGAAACCAGCGUGGUGGACAAGGCAGACUCCAACGACUCGUUCAAUAUGCUGCUCAAUGAGAAAACGCGGACGACGGUGUCGUUCCUCAUUAAGCGCCGGGAUGGGUUUACGUGCAAGUUGCUGCGCAAGGCUAUUGAUUCGGAGGCGUGUCGGUUUACUGCGACGGCGUUUGCGGAGGGGCCGUUUGGCGGUCUUCAUUCCCUGUCCUCCUACGGAACGGUGAUGCUCAUAGCAGGCGGAAUCGGUAUUACGCACCCAAUGUCCUACAUGCACGAGUUCAUGGAGGGAUACUCCGCGCGGACAAUUGCCAUUCGACGAGUGAACCUGAUCUGGGUGGUUCGCAGUCUCGACCACCUAACAUGGAUCCAACCCUGGAUGACAUCUCUCUUCACGCACCCCGCCGUACACACUAAAGAACAACACCCAUUCCAAUUCAAGGGCCUGGGCGUGUCAAUCCACAUCUACGUGACGGACAGGCGGUGCAGCGAGGAGUACAUGGCCGACAAGAGCGACAGCCCAUGGGCGUUCUCUGCACCGCCUGGGGUCCAGGUGAGCAUUGACUUUGGAAAGCCGUGCUUUGGUCAUAUCGUAGCGAAGGAGAGAGAUAGCCAGGUGGGUGCGAUGGCUGUGACUGUGUGCGGGCCUGGAGGGAUGGGCGAUGAUGUGAGGAAGGCCGUCCGGACGGUGCAGGGGAGGAAGACGGUGGAUUUGUAUGAAGAGACGUUUUCUUGGUAG